AUUAUAUUUAGCAAUUCACAAAUGAAUUCCCAUACAUAAGCUGUUUGAUUACUUCAUGAAACUCCAGUGUGAAAUUAACAACUUAAGAGGAAUUAUGCCAUCUAUGAAAAUAUCAAACUUGUAAAUAAGUAAUUGUAUCUUCAAAAGUUAACGCAGUGGUGAAAGCAUUUCUGGAGUUUCAUUUAAUUUAUCAAAUCUUUGACGAGGAAAAUUAUACACCUUCAUUGGCAAAGCGGGUCCGUUAUGUCGUCGCUAUGUUCAUAUCGUAAAAGUGUGAUAUUUAUUUUAUGUUGUAUAUUUGGAAAACUAAUUGCAGAUGAAACCACAGACCCUUCAGACAUUGUAAUAAUAGAAGAAGUGGAAUCCGAAACAGAAAUCCAGAAAUCCGGAGAAAUGCCGUCUGCAUUGGGGUUUAACGUCCGCCUCGUACACGGUGAUUCCCCAGUUCACCUGAAACUGAGAAGAAACGACAAAGCAUACGAAGAACAACAAGUAGCCUCCAUUCGCCAGGAUGCCAAAGGGGAAUUUUAUUUACAGAAAGAAAAUAUACCUAAAAUCCAGAAUGUGGCACUCUACCAGGACAACGCAACACAGGCAGCAUUUACCGUCACCUGUGGCGAGGAAUCAGAAGGCCAAUGCGUUUUGCUUGGUAGUUUGAAUGUUGAUGGCGUAGAAUAUGAUAUUCAUCCUAUGGCUAAAAAUCCCGGAUUUAAAAGAAAGAAAAGAUAUGCUCGAAGACGAUAUGGCGAUGCCCAACUAUCACACAAUAGCGUAGUAAACAGAUAUAUAGAAAGACCUAAUCAGGAUUUUGAGUAUCAUAACCCAUUUGCCCAAACCAACAGUCACGCUCAAGUCCACCCAAAUCAGCAUGUUCACUCCAAUCCACACAUCAGGGAAACCAAGGAAGAGGAAUUUAAUCCACGGACAAACUACCUUAUUGAUUCUGAACUAGAACGGCAGAUAUUAGAAUACCCAGGGCAACCAAUAGUGCAGUCAGCUGGAGGGUUUCACGAAAAUGAGAUUCACCCACAUGUUGCGCCACCGAAGCGAAGACGUCUGUAUGCUGCUUUCAGGAAAGAAGCAAAGAAAGACAUUAAAGGGGAUUGCCUUGGAAGAAGUCCUGUUGUGAAAAAUCCAUCGGCACGGCGCGCAACGGAAAGGGUCGCCUUUUUCAAUCAAGGUCCUGAUCCACAACAUAAACGUAAUAACCCAAGAGUGGUGAUCAGAAAGUUUUCAGGAGCUGCUCGUGACUAUUACAUCACCCUUGUCGUUGUCGUUGACUAUAGCAUCUAUAUGAGGUUUUACAAUGCCAGCACUGAAAAGGAUGUACGGGCCAGAGACAGGGAUGCUAAAUCUAAGAUCCGAAUGUAUUUUGCUCACAUUGUUAAUGGGAUUGACCUUCGUUAUGCCAACAUCAGAGAACAAGACUUCGCUAUCAAGGUUGCCGUUACAGAAUAUGUUAUUGCUGAUCAUCCGAACUUUUCUCCUUGGACUAACAGUUAUGUGAACCCUGAGCACAAAUAUGUGGGGGUUUGGGACGCUCUCAACAAAUUGGUGGACUGGAGAGAAACAAUGAUUAAACAUCUUCCCUCACAUGACCAUCUGAUGUUAUUUACGGGGGAGGAUUUAUAUGAAACAAGAUCUGACGAUCCAUCCGUAACAGGAUAUGCCCAUGUUCGCACCGUGUGUACAAAGAAAAGCGCAUCUAUUAACGAAGAUCACGGGGGUUUUGGUGGAAUCAUAACUGCUACUCACGAAUUGGCCCACAGUUUAGGGGCUAAUCAUGACGGAGAAUUGAAUCAUUGUCUGCCAUCAGAUCAAUAUAUAAUGACAGCCAUGGGAGGAGAUACAAACCAAGAAAACAAACUAAAUCCGUGGAGGUUCUCUGAAUGCUCAGUGGACUACUUCAGGGACUACAUUCAAGAACUGGACAACAAACGAGAAAACUGUAUGCUUGAUAAGCCCAUAGACAUCGAUCCGAAUUUUCAUACAGUUAUCAAAAAAAUGCCUGGACAAAUGGUAGGACCAAACGAGCAAUGCAAAGAGAAACUGGGCCAGGGUUCAUAUUAUGGAUGGGGUGGUGGUCUUGGAAGAUAUCAAGACAUCUGUACAAAUAUGGCCUGCAAAAACACAAAGAAAAGACAAAGUUUCCAUCUUUACAAUGCUGCAAGAGGAACAUCUUGUGGACAUAAAAAGUGGUGUAUCAAUGGACAGUGUGUGUUUGACAGAAAAGCUCCUAGAAAAGAUGAAAAGUGUGUGCAUGGAGAUUCUCUGAAGCCGUUUCCAAACAAUGCCACAUGUAGUGAGCUGAUUGAAGGUAGACCUGCGAGGUGUUACAACAGAGAAUACAGAGAAUAUUGUUGUGGGUCUUGUGGAAAGAAAUUUACAGGAAAAAAGCGUUGUGAAUAUGGAGAUAAGAUAGCAUCUUGCGUUUUGGUGAAGACACGACCAUACCUGUGCUACGACCAGAAAAACAGUCAACUUUGUUGCAUCAGUUGUGCACAGCUGCAUACUAAGAUAAAAGGUUGUGAAUAUGGAGACCGUAAGAGCGGAUGUGACAAGAGGUUGUGUCAUACACGGGAUCAUCAGUUAAACUGCUGUCAGACAUGUGGUAAGGGAAAUCGAACUUCACAGUCAGUCACAGCAAUCAAACCAUCCCCAACUCCGAGUAGACCCGAGGUUAAAACCACAAAGACGAUACCAAGACACCCAAUUUCUCAUACUACUCCGAAAAGACGGCGACUAUUUCCGGACACUACCAAAAAAACAGUCGUUCACAAACCGGUACAGAAUGUCAACAAGCACUCCAUACUCCCCACCACAACCCACAUGAUUCCAUUUUCAUCUACUCGAUUCAGUUUGAAGAUCGGGGGUACCAAACAAGAAGGCGCUCCUUCUCAAAAUAAAGAGGAAGGAAUACCAAAACAACCACAUGAUGUUGGACCAACUGAGGAGCUCAUUCCAGAUCCAUUUGCACCAGGUUUCUGUGUCAAGAAGAACGCGUUUUAUAGACCAGACGUUCCUUGCGAAUUUUUAGCAAAAUGGUUGUCCUUAUGUACAGAGACAAGAUUCAAAAGUGCAUGUUGCCAAACAUGUAACAUUGAUCGCUCCGCAAGUGUUAAAAUUGGGUGUGUGGACAAUCAAUUUUGUACUGCGCGAACAGGAGCGGACUGUUACAACAAAGCAACGCGUGAUAACUGCUGUGCCAAGUGUAGCAAGUUUGAAACUGGAUUCAUGUUAUGUCCCUAUGGCGACAAAGAUGCUAGAUGCGGUCUUAUGAUGCGACUUAAUAAGAAGUUUUAUUGUGAAAACUAUGGAUCCACCUGCUGUGAGUCUUGUUUUAAAGUAGCUCGUCGACCAGAAGUUACUACACCAUUCCCUGUUGUAAUUAGUGCACGCAGACCACAAUCUGCUGCUUCAAGACUAAGAAGUCAGACUCAGAGUCGCCGAGAGCCCAAAGUGGCAGCAUCUAGGAGUGUAACAUCAUCAAGUAAUAACCUUGAACGAGUUAGACAAAACUUAAAACGAUUUGUCACCUUUAUCAACCAAAUUUUCUCAAAAAGCAAAAGUGUUGGAUGAGGAAAUCAGUAGUUAGUUAAGCAAGGUUUCACAUGGGAGUGUUUGUCCCAAAUAUUUACUUCUCUCUCAAAUGGGACCGGUUCUCUGGGAUAGAAAUGCUGUGUAUUUCAUACUACAAAGGAUAUGGUGGAGUAUUCUGGAUAAGAAAUGUACCACACAUUUAACAUUCAUUUCUUGAUGGUGUAACUGUCUUAGUUGUGCAAAAUCAAAGGACUUGAGUUCCAUCCGAAUAACAUUUCUUCAGCACAUUUCCUCAAAUUUUGAUAUGCAAAACGAUUGAAGUGACUUUGCUUCCGGUCCUUUAGUUCUCCUUCAUAGUCCCAAUGCUGUCAUAUAUCAACUCUGAAACUUUUUUUUAAUGUUCUGAAUGUCUUGUAAUGUUUUGAAAUGCGUUUUUGUCUCCUGUUAUUAAUUUUGAUCAUACAUUUUGUAUUAUUUUGUGAUAAAUCUGUAUUCCGGUGUAUGUAUGCGUGUUUAAUGUAUGUUUUCUUUUAAAUUUAAUUUGCUGUUGCAUAUAGAUAACGAGUCAAUAUCGACGAGUUCUACAACCAAACUGUAUUAUUGCAUGUGUUGUUGUUAAGUAGUAUUUAUUGGAUCAUUUGUUGCUUUCAGUUGUUCUUGUUAUUUUUGUUUUUAAUGGAAUUAUUUAUUUUAUUGUCAAAUUCACGUAUACUAUUGUUUCAUAGUUGUUUUACAUAUAAUAAAUAAGGAAAGUUG